AUGGACCACGACAAGGGCGAGGGGGAAUCCCAUGCGUCGCCAUGGGAGACAUAUCUUCACAGGGAUGUUGUCCUGUUUGCAAUCGAUUGUGGAACACAUAUGCAUGUUAAAGAUAGCGAGCAUGGGCUGCCUCCGCUGGUCGUUGCCUUGCAGGCGGCAUUGCGUCUCAUGGAGAUCAAGCUGGUCAAUUCGCCGAAAGAUCAUAUUGGAAUCUUAUUAUGGAAUACAGCGGACUCACGUAUGUUGACCAAAAGCAAGAGUGGGUUUUGGCCGAACACAGUGGAAUACACUGCCAUCAAGCAGGUGGACGUCCCUACGACCUUUCAGCUACGAGAAUUACUUCGCCGUAUCGAAAGCGAUCCAUCUGUGUUGGAAGAGCGAAUGAAGCCAUGCAGCACUCAAAUAUCCGUGGAGCACGUUUUAUCCAACGCCAUGCACUUACUUAGUACAUCGGCCAAAGCCAGUACACGCCGCGUUUUCUUUAUCACAAACCAAGAUGAUCCGCAUCCUGGAAAAAACAAGCGAAUCAUUCAAAAAGCGUGUGUAGAUCGCGUUAAGGACUAUUAUCGCCGUGGUAUUGAUUUGGAGCCUUUCUUUAUGAGCUCAGCCACGGAAGCCUUCCACAUCAAUACUUUUUAUGCGGAAAUUCUAGGCGUGUAUGAUGAUGGUUUGUUGGAUGACACACUCCGACCAUGGCGGUUACGGCAAAUGCAAGACCAAAAUGUGUCCAAGCGCGCUGUGUGGGACUCGACCAUGAAACUGGCGGAGCUGGAUGAGCAGCUGAGCGGCCGAGAAAUGCCUAAGCGCGUAGUGUUUGAUUUGACGAUGGAUUUAGGGCCAUUGUCCAAACCAGCUCCCUCUUCAGAGGAAGAACACUCACAUUUCAAAACCCCGGGCUCAUCGCAGUGGCGCAUACAUGUCAAGGGCUACAGUCUUAUUUCGGAAGCUACGCCUGAUUUGCCUGUUAAAGUCUCCUCGUUCGGUCGAGAAGAUCCCAAUGAUUUAUACGAAGUGACAAACAUCACGCAAUGGCGUCGUGCGGAUACAGGCGACGUUGUCCAGCCAUCUGAUAUGGAGCAAGUGUAUGAUGUGAGCAAGGACAAUUCGCCACGUUCUCAUGUCGCGUUUACCAACGAUGAAAUCAAGUCACUCCGACAGUUUGGGUGCAUCCCCAGCUUGCGCCUGCUUGGCUUUAAAGAUCGAUCGACUCUUCACUUUUACGAGAAUUUGAAGCACUCGUACUUUUUAUACCCUUCCGACUUGGAGCAACCUGGGAGUAAGCGUGUGUUUGCUGCGUUGCUUCAAUCCAUGUUGUCCAAAAAUAAGGUGGCGCUGACUUUAUUCAUGUCGCGUGACAAUGUCAUCCCUACGUUUGCCAUCCUACUUCCCCAGGCAGAAGAACUUGACGAAGAGGGGCAUCAGCUUGUACCACCCGGCCUGAAUUUAAUCGUCAUGCCGUACAUGGACGAUAUUCGUGAGCCGCCUGAAGCUCGGACACUCACAGCGAGCAAGGACGAAAUCACCAUGGCGAGCCGCCUUAUUGAUACCUUCCACCGGAAAGAUCCAUUCAAUCCAGAUGUAUUCUCGAACCCUGCCUUGACCUACCACUAUGGUCUAUUAAUGGCUGAAGCGUUUGGCACACCUGCUCCCUUUUUCGAAGAUACCACGCUGCCUCAGUACGACUUAAUUGAGCAUCGUGCCCACGAUGCCAUCCAGGCCUGGAACGAUGCUAUUGAAGCGGAUCCACGCACACAGGGAAGCAGCAGCGAUAUGAACUCGGCCAAGACGGCAUCGAUCCCCGAAGCCGUACUCCGGCAGAUGCACAAAGACGGUACAUUGCACCAGCUUCGACGCCCUGAAUUGCAGAAUGCGUGUGCGCAACUAGCAUUGCCCAAGUUUGGUCGCAAAGCGGAUUUGAUUGCUGAGCUCCAAACUUACUUUUCUACACACUAA